AUGCGACCCUUACCUCCGGAGCUCAGACGACUCCUCUUGAUGGGAGGAACUUUAAAUCCGAACUGGGCCUUGGGAACUGCCACGCGGAAGGCCUUUGACGUAACCGAGGCUUCUACAGCCACCACAGGCGUUCAUGCGGACGUUUCAAAGCUGUGCACUGCGGCUGCCGCAAAAGAUGAUGUGCUGAUUACGGGCAGAUUUGGUACGGUUUCUUUUGCCAAGCGUCUGACAGAACACGUGUACGACGAGUUUGGCAAAAAGAAGCGAAACAAGAGGCCUAAAAUAAUGAAACAAACUAAAGACUCAAGUGACGACUUACUACGAACUAAGCAGCUGAAAAGGUUAAUAGCAGUUCCCGAGGCUGCGCAACAGAAGGCACAUGGCGUUGAUGGAGAGAAACCGCGUGUCACAGUUGCGCCGCCGAAGGAUGUUUACUCAUCUUACCUGGAGGAAGGACUCGGGCAUAGUGGAUCAAGCGGACGCAAGGGUCUGCUUCAUCUCACCCGAGAAAACCGGAAUUUGGGUGGUGAGCCUGGUGAUGUUUGGUUCCAGAUGCAGAAAAACGGACAGGGUGCCAAGGAAGCCCACGAAAUACCCUUUGCGGCGCCUUAUUAUCCACCCCACCUAAACCCAAAGCUGGCAGAUGUGCCAACAGCAAAGGAAGCGGCCCGAGAACAUGCCCAGAAUAAGUUGUUCGCUUGCGCCAUGAAAACUGCUAAAACCCGACUUGAUAUUCGUACCUACCUCAAUGGUCUGACAACUGAGUCCGCCAAGACUCACUUCCCGGUCAACGUGGACUAUAAUCUGCGAGGUCCAGCCCAGUUAGUCACCAAGAAGCCAAGCAACCUGAUCGAAGUCCCACAACCCGCUGACGAAAAUGACUCCCAUCAUACAAUAAUGCAAAGUUCGUUGGGAGGAGCUCAUGCAGUACCAACGAGGAAGAGUUUUUUCACCGAAGUUUCCAACAAUAACACCAGAGGAGCGCUGGCAGCUAUGCCAGACAGCAUGCAGUACGACCAGUCUCCCAGACAGCAUGAAACCAUGCUUAAUUCCAGACAUAAAAUGACCAAAACGAUCAAACACACACAAGAAAAUCAGUCACAACAGGAGACAGACAAACAAGAAGAGGAAGAGGGGAGCAAGAGAAAUCUCACUAAGUCGGAAGCGACCGAAACAAACCGGCUGAAGGAAACAAACACCCAUGCGCUGGCCACAGGCGGCUCUGUUGUUCAAAAUACAAAAAGCGUCUCCUUUGGCCUACGCGAGGUUAAACUAGAUGACAACAGCAGCAACGCUACCAAGAAAUUGGGCACAAGAAGUAAACAUGCAGAAAGGAAGUUUGCCUUUUCAGAGCCGAAAAGUUCAAAAAAAUCAAAUGUGGCCAUUUUAAACAAAGCCCAUGCAUUCAAACUACCGAAAACACAGCGAUUUGGUCGAAGGCGAAGCAUCGUAGCCACAAUACGAGAACUUGAUUACGAAAACCCCGGCUUGAUGGAUAGCUAUGUAGAAUGGAGUCAAAAUUUAUCCUCUAAAAAACAAGAUUCCUUGGGAAAGUCAAGUCUGGAUACUCUGAUGCACAGAAAUACCAUGAAUAGCAUGGAUGGAGUCACUGACACGGAGGUGAAGUUUGAGGCUUCAGAGAAACACUGCUGGUAA